AUAGCUACGCCACUGCAUAUGAGUUACAUCAAGAUCAAUACCUCUUCUAAGUACAGAAUACAUUUCGUUUCUUCUAAAUUUUUAAAUUGGCAAUUUUAUAAAGUAUCCCCGUGCCGAAAUUACUUCUAACUUCAGCAUAUUACCUUUUGACCCUCAUCCGCGGGAAAAAUGAAAUAGUAUUGGAGCCUAUUGUCAUCAGAUUUAUUAUAUUUACUUCCAAGUCAGCAACAUUAUGUUCAUUACAGACAUUAAAACACAAUUCUAUGACGUUAUUCUACAUCAUAGAGUAUUGGUCCUAGUCGCUAAUGAUGUAGAUGCUUUGUGUGCUUGUAAGAUCCUGCAGACAUUGCUCCAAUGGGAUCAUGUACAAUACACCUUGGUGCCUGUAUCAGGAAAAGAUGAUGUAGAACGAGCUUAUCUGGAACACUCAGAGCAGCUCAAGUAUGUGGUGCUAAUAAACUGCGGUGGAACUGUCAAUAUUCUGGAAUCAUUACAACCUGAUGAUGAUAUAGUCUUCUUUAUAUGUGAUAGCCAUCGACCUCUGCAUCUUUGGAAUAUCUACAAUGAGACCCAGAUCAAGUUUUUGAUGAGCCCAGAAGAUGAUUUUGAUAUUCCAUCAUAUGAAGAAGUCUUCAGAGACGAUGAGUCUGACAGUGAUGACUCUGGGGCAGAAAGUGAUUCACCAGAACCAACAGGCAAGAGACGAAGAUUUGAUGAGGAUGCAUUGGAAAGGAGAAUGAACAGGCGUCAAGAGAGGAGGAACUGGGAAGAUAAAAGGAGCAAGAUUCUCUUUGAUUAUGAGGAAUUUUCAUAUUAUGGUUCUUCAGCUGCUGUAGUAAUGUAUAAUUUAGCAUGGAAGAAGUCAAAGGAUACAAAUGACUUGCUUUGGUGGGCGAUUGUAGGACUGACAGAUCAACUCAUUCACAAGAAGAUUGACAGAGAGAAGUAUGUGUCUGAUGUGACAGAAUUGAAUCGUCAUGUUGCACGUCACAACCACAGAGCAGAAGAUGAAGAAAACACUGUCUCAGUCAACACAAUGAAGAUAUCAUUCAUGCCAGAUCUGCAGCUAGUCCUGUACAGACAUUGGUCUAUCCUGGAGAGUUUGAAGCAUUCAUCAUAUACAGCUUGCAAUCUCAAGUUAUGGACAUUGAAAGGUCAGAAGAAGUUAAAUGAGUUCUUAGCUGACAUGGGUUUACCUCUGGCUCAAUGUCAGCAGAAGUUUACAGCUAUGGACAUCACAUAUAAGAACACUAUCAGGGAGCUCCUAGAAAGCUCUGCAAGGAAGUUUGGAUUGGAGAACAUUACCUUACCAUCAUUCUUAGCUCAGUAUGGAUUCAAGAAUAAGUUCUGUGCCUUUGAUAUUGCCUAUGCAGUAGAAGCUGUCUUGGAAGCAGUGGAUAAAGACAAGUCAUCAGAAAAGAGGUUUUUGGAAGCACUAGAUUGUCUAUCAAGGUCUUAUAUCAAGAACCUUCACCUUGGACUUGAUGCAUCUAAACUCCAACUGCAAGCAGUGGUCACUCAGGUCCAGAGUCUUCUGGACAUGGGUCAAGUGGUCAGUGCGGGACCUUUCCUCUAUGCUUUCUUGCCUGAGGGUACUCCAGAAACAAAGUUCUUUGCUCAUCCUAAUUGUCUCUCCAUGUUGGCGAGGUUUGCUCUUGAGGCUUAUGUAAAGAUGUCCAAGAGCAAGAAGGCCAAGAACCUUCCUCUGGUGAUGACAGCCCCUCUGAUGAAUGAAGGAGGAACAUGUCUAGUGAUUGGCAUUCCUCCUCUACCAGAACUUGAACAAUCAUCAAGAAAUUUCUUUGGCCGUGCUUUUGAACAAGCUGCAAAGAAGACAAACUCAAGGACACUUCACAAUCACUUUGAUUCUUCAAUCAUGGAGCUCAAGAUAGGAGAUAGAAGCAAGUUCUUUGAUGCACUCAUAUCAUUACUAACAUAAUAUUACGGUCUGGUAAAAUUCAACAUUAUACAUUGUUAUGUGGCUACAUGGAGUUGAACAAGGCAUUCGGAUAUAUAUGAAUAUGAAUAGAUGUAAAAUACAAGUAAAGUAUUUGAUUGUUUUACCACUGAUAUACAGUGCAUUCCAGGAACA